GGGGGGGCAUGCAUCGACCGAUUCAUCGUCAAAAUUAAUUUGAGACAAGCGAUAAACGGGCGAUGUGUAUGCUCCAGGUGAGGACUAUCCCAAAAGAGGCUCCACCAUUGAAGAUUGUCUCCAGCUCCUCCAAAUCUUUUUGGUCCCUUAUAUUUUAUUAAUAUAAAUAUAAUAUAACUCAAAAUAGGUGGACCUUUGGGAUAGAAUGCUUUUUGAGAGACGAGUCUUUGGACGAAUUGGUUUGAUAUAUGUCGACUCCAAUAAUAGGAAUGCUUUGUUAUGUGUGUAGAGAUCCCCAUGUCACCCCCCUCUCUCUCUUUGCGCUAACGAGAUGUCAUCCAAACUAUCUUUUCUCCCGCGAAGAAUCAUUCAUUCAGUCACCAAAUCAUGCAAACACCCUCAAUUAAGCAGGAAAGAAGAUGGUGCCGCUGAUGAUAACUGUCGUGAUAGCGAGAGGGGGCGGCAGCACACCGCCAUCGAUGACUCCGAUCUUUGGGCGGGGAUGCUGCCGGAGCUUCUCGGGGAAAUAAUGCAGCGAGUUGAGGCCACCGAGGACCAAUCGCCGCACCGCCAAAACGUCGUCGCAUGCGCCUGCGUCUGCAGGCAAUGGAGGGAGGCGGCCAAGGAGGCUGCGGAGAAGGCUUCUAUCCAUCACCCUGGCAUAAUAACGUUUCCUUCUUCGCUCAAAAAGGCAGGGCCAAAAGACUCGCUUCACCAAUGCCUUAUAAAACGUGAUAAGAAGAAUGCUGCAUUUUACCUAUAUCUUGCUCUCACCCCAUCAUUCACGGACAAUGGUAAGUUUCUCCUAGCUGCACGAAAAUACCGUAGUGGUGGACGCACUGAGUACGUCAUAUCAUUGGAUGAGAGUGAUCUAUCACAGGGAAGUAAAUCCUACGUUGGAAAAUUAAGAUCAGAUUUCCUUGGUACUAAUUUCAAGAUCUAUGAUAGCCAAGCACCCCACAGUGGGGCAAAGUCAUCAAGCACUAGAGCUGGGCGCCGCAUUGGAAGCAAGCAAAUAAGCCCCCAAGUCCCAGCUGGUAAUUUUAAAGUUGGGACAGUGUCUUACAAAUUUAAUCUGUUGAAGUCUCGUGGUCCGAGGAGGAUGGCAUGCAAACUUACAUGCCCAUCCUCAGAGGAAACCUUAAAUGAUGGACAUGAACACGGACUGAAAAGAGAGAAGCAAGAGACAUCAUCCAGAGUAACAGUCUUGAAAAACAAAACUCCAAGAUGGCACGACCACUUAGAAUGCUGGUGCUUAAAUUUCCACGGCAGGGUGACUGUCGCGUCGGUCAAGAACUUUCAAAUGGUUGCAACAACAGAUCCAAGCAAGCCUGAUGGAAAGGGUGAUGCGGAGACAGUGGUGCUCCAAUUCGGAAAGGUAAGCGACGACACUUUCACGAUGGACUACAGGCAGCCUCUCUCGGCCUUCCAAGCGUUUGCCAUUUGCCUGUCCAGUUUUGGGACCAAACUGGCUUGCGAGUGAAGGAAGAGGUUUGUUGGCUUUACUAGAGUGUCGAGGUUCAGCUUCUUGCUCAUGCUGGCGUUUAUCCACAAAAUGAAGCCAUAUUCAUGAUCCAAGUAUAAGGUUAUUAAAUGGGUUUCAAGUAAAUUUUAGUACCUACACUACUUUUGCUGGUUUGAACAAAUGAGGGAUCGUUUUACAUUUUUGGCUGGCAUUCUGUGUCAUUGUCUUUUGUAUAUGAGGAAUUGGUGAAAAAAAUACGCACUUAUGUAAACUGUAAAUGAAGAAAAUUAUGAAGGUAUUGCAUUAUUUUGAAGCUAA